AUGUCGACCAACGUAGAGAGCGGAGCCAUCCUGGGUGGUGACACGAUAGUGAAAGGUGGACUCCAAGCUGAGCAUGAUGAUGAUGAUAUCGACUUGGACGCUGCUGCUGGUGUUGUUGAUGAUGAUGAUAUUAUGGAAAUGCAACAUAAAAUACAAGAGUUGGAAGACGAAGCGGAACGGUUAAGGCAAAUGACUGAACAAGGAGGCACGGGAGACGGUGAUGGUGUUUCUGAUCAUGAAAAUGCGGAGAUGACUGCGGAGCAACAAGCAGCUCAAAGCCAGGAGCAGGAUAAACGAUCUGUUUAUGUUGGAAGUGUUGAUUAUGGCGCUGCACCGGAGGAGCUACAGGAACACUUUAAAAGCUGUGGUCCGAUACAACGGAUAACGAUAAUGGUUGAUAAGUAUAGUGGGCAUCCGAAGGGUUUCGCGUACAUUGAAUUCGGAGAUGAAGCUGCAGUCCAGAAUGCUCUCUUAUUGAAUGAUACUAUGUUCCGAGGCCGACAGUUGAAGGUGUUGCAGAAACGCACCAAUUUGCCCGGCUACAACGCCAAGGGCGGUAAAGGAUGGGGAAAGGGUAGUUAUGGUCUGUAA